UAAAGCCAUAAAGACAUUAUCGAGAGAAUACAAUCCAAUUUCAAUCUAUCUUCUCUCUUCCACUUAUUCUCUCUCUCGUCUCCUUUCUUUUUGUCACUAAAAGAGAAGUCUUUGCUCUGAAUCCUGAAAAAUGGAUUCUUUGAUCAAACUCUUCUUCUCCCUCUCUCUCAUACUAUUUACUUCCCUCCUUUUUGGAGAAAUCAGUGGAGUAGAGGGUUCAAAUCAGAACCAUCGCUUGUACGGAUUUAGACCAACGAAGCUGUUUGUGUUCGGAGAUUCUUAUGCCGAUACCGGAAACAUUAAGAAAUCUCUCUCUAAUUCUUGGAAAUUCCCUUACGGUAUCACUUUCCCCGGAAAACCCGCCGGCCGUUUUUCCGACGGCCGCGUCGCCACUGAUUUUCUAGCAAAAUUCGUGGGAAUAAAGUCACCAAUCCCAUUCUUCUGGAAAGAUUACGCGGGAAAGAAACGGUUACAGUACGGUAUGAAUUUUGCGUAUGGAGGAACAGGGGUAUUCAACACUCAGGUUCCAUUGCCCAACAUGACCACUCAGAUCGAUUUCUUCCAGAAGAUUCUCACCGCCGGCGACAUCUACUCUCCCUCCGACCUUGGUUCCUCCGUCUCUCUCGUCAGUGUCGCCGGCAACGAUUACUCCACUUUCAUCGCCCAAAACCGCCCUGCCUCUGACUUUCCAGCAUUCAUCAAGCAAGUGGUGGAUCAAACAGAGGUGAACUUGAGGCGGAUCCACGCCUUAGGAGUGAAGAAAAUAGCAGUACCGUCGCUGCAACCACUCGGUUGCCUCCCCGGGAUAACCGUUGCCUCCGCGUUCCAGCGUUGCAACGAGUCACAAAACGCGUUAGUGAAACUUCACAACAGCUUACUACAACAAGCCGUGGCAAAGCUCAACAACGAGACCAAGCAGUCCACUUUCAUCAUCCUUGAUCUCUACAACGCUUUCUUGACCGUGUUCAAGAACAGAGGAGCUAAUCCAGGGAGUACGAAGUUUGCGAGUCCGUUGAAGCCGUGUUGCGUAGGCGUGAGCAGCGAGUAUCACUGUGGAAGUGUGGAUGAGAAGGGAGUGAAGAAGUAUGUGAUAUGUGAUGAUCCUAAAUCUGCUUUCUUUUGGGAUGGAAGUCACCCUACAGAAGAAGGAUGGAGAUCGGUUUACUCGGUUUUACGUGAAAGUCUUACCGCUUCUUUGCUUAAAGCGUGAGAGAAGCGGAAGAAAACAGAGAAUAAGACUCUUCUUUUUCUCUUUUUUUUAGGUUUCUUGUUCUGAAUCUCAGUGUUCGUUCUUUCUCUGUCUUUCAGUAUCUCUUCAUUCAUUUGUGUUUCUAUUUUGUGUGUUAAAAGGUUGUGCGACUAAUAAAAUCUCUAAACUUGUUGCAUUUCUAUUAUUAAUUAGCAUCAUAUUUAGAUUCAUAAA